CACUCCAACUCAUUGAAAAUGCAACUCUUUUCCUCCAACUUAUUCAAUAUGAAACAAUUUAGCUGCAACAAUGGCAGAAAAUUCAACAAUCUGCCAAUAUGUAUAGUAGUUUUCUCUUUAUUCAUCUUUGGGCUUUUCAUGUACAGUGAGGAUGUUAAGUCCAUUGCUCAAUUCCAAUUUUCAAGACCAAUGGAAGAGAAGAAAAUUGAAUUGCCACCUGAAAAAUGUGAUCUUUUUAAAGGGAAAUGGGUUUAUGAUAAUGUUACACAUCCAAUUUAUAAAGAAUAUGAAUGCAAGUUUUUGACACAACAGGUUACUUGCAUGAAAAAUGGAAGAAAAGAUUCUUUGUAUCAGAAUUGGAGGUGGCAACCCAGAGAUUGUUCUUUACCCAAGUUUAGACCAAGAUUGCUACUUGAAAAGCUGAGGAAUAAGAGAUUAAUGUUUGUAGGAGAUUCACUGAAUAGGAACCAAUGGGAAUCUAUGAUUUGUUUGCUUCAGUCAGGAGUUCCUUUCAGCUGGACAAAAUUUAAAAAGAUUGGCUCUUUGAAUAUUUUCAACAUUGAGGAGUAUAAUGCCACAUUAGAAUUUUACUGGGCUCCAUAUCUUGUGGAGUCAAAUUCAGAUGAUCCAGCACUACACAGCGUUUCAACCCGAUUCAUUAUGCCUGAAUCAAUUGAAAAACAUGGCAAUAACUGGAAAAACGUGGAUUAUCUCAUCUUCAAUACUUAUGUUUGGUGGAUGGGUAGUGGCAAAAUGAAAGUUCUACGGGGAUCGUUUGAUGAAGGAUCGACAGAGUAUGAUGAGAUUGAGAGGACAAUAGCUUAUCGAAGGGUUUUAACAACGUGGUCUCAAUGGAUCGAAAGCAACGUGGAUCCUAAUCGUACACAAGUCUUUUUCAUGAGCAUGUCGCCUAUGCAUAUCAAGAGUAUGGACUGGAACAAUCCGAAUGGGAUAAAAUGCGCGAAAGAGACAACACCAGUACUGAACAUGACAAGGCCAUUAAAUGUUGGGACUGAUAAGAAGCUAUUUGCUAUAGCAACAAAUGUAACUCAAUCGAUGAAAGUCGUUCCAGUAUACUUCAUGAAUAUCACAUCUCUAUCAGAAUAUAGGAAAGACGCGCACACUUCACUCUACACCAUUCGACAGGGCAAAAUGCUUACCCCCGAGCAGCAAGCUGAUCCAGCCAUUUAUGCUGAUUGUAUACAUUGGUGCCUCCCUGGAUUGCCUGACACUUGGAAUGAGUUUCUAUAUACGCGUAUAAUGUCCCGUUCUUGAUAUUCUGCAGAUGCGGGGAAGUGGAACGGGGAAGGAGUAAUGUGAUGCGAACAUACACUUAUAGUGUGAGAGACUUCCGCAGAUACCACUAGGCUAUAAGUUUUGGUGGUCAUUCCUCAGUUUGAUUUUGAUAUGCUGAUCAGUAUUUUUUGUGCUCUUUUGAGCCUUUACAUUCUGCUUAUAAGACUAGUGGAGAGUCUGCAAAUUGGAGGAAAACUUAGGACCAACCAAAUUGUACAAUGAAAUUGUCUAAAGGAAAUAAAUAAUAGAUGCAAAUUGUAUCUAUCAUGCCA